GUCGCACACAGCAGCUCAGUGUUUUUUUGGCCCUCCUCUUCAGUCUUUCAUGACUCGAUUCGCCUCCAAACACACCCGGCAAAAGUACGUCUAGACACUUCUUAACUCAGACAUGUGAAGCGGAAAAGUUUAUAAUCCGAGUCGUGUGGAUGAAAACUAAAAGCAUACGGUUAAAAGCAGCAGUGAACGAGGCGGAGGACAAACAAGAAAAAGUGGAAGAGUUUGAACGUCAUCUCUAACGCCAAACUUCCCUUGGCGUUUUUCAUCUGUCACGGGGAUUUAAGACAACGAUGCAGACCGACAGGGUUGUGGAUUAUGAAGAACGUACAAAAUUGUACAGAUUGCCCUGAAUAACCGCGAGUUUACACGCACUUUCAUGCACCUUUGCUAAACCCAUCUCAUCUCAUCUCCUCGCGCUCACACCUUUGUGUUUCGCACUACUCCUGAAAGAUGUUGUCCAGGCUGAGUGAGUGGUUCUGGAACGAGAGGCUGUGGUUUCCUGGAGACCUGGGCUGGGCUGAUCUGGAGGAUCGGGACGGUGUCACCUAUGCCAAAACAGCAGACCUCUGGGUGACCCUGCCCAUCGCCCUCACCUUCCUCAUCAUACGACAAGUCUUCGAGAGGACGGUGGCCAUUCGUCUGGCCACAGCUCUAGGUGUGAAGGAGAAAGUCAGAGUGCAAGCGGCGCACAACCCCAUGCUGGAGGCAUACUUCAGGAGCACAAGUAAAAGCCCCAAACAGGCUGAAGUGGAGAGUUUAAAUAAAAAGACGGGGCACACAGAGAGAGAGAUCCACAGAUGGUUCCGACGACGAAGGAACCAAGAGCGACCAAACCAGCUGAAGAAGUUCAGAGAGGCUAGUUGGAGAUUUACCUUUUACCUUGUUGCUUUCAUUGCUGGCCUUGCUGCACUUAUUGAUAAACCUUGGUUCUAUGAUACGAAGGAGAUGUGGGCAGGGUUUCCAGUGCUGCCGCUGUUGCCUUCUCAGUACUGGUACUACAUGAUUGAACUAGGGUUUUACAUGUCUCUCCUAUUCAGCGUCGCAUCAGACGUCAAGCGAAAAGACUUUAAAGAACAGAUAUUGCACCAUGUUGCCACCAUUCUGCUGAUCAGUUUCUCAUGGUGUGUGAACUACAUCAGAGCAGGAACCCUCAUUAUGCUGGUGCACGACGCCUCCGACUACCUGCUGGAGUCUGCCAAGAUGUUCAACUACGCCGGCUGGAGGAAAACCUGCAACUACAUAUUCAUCAUCUUCGCUGUCGUCUUCAUGAUCACCAGACUCGUCAUCUUCCCUUUUUGGAUCCUGCAUUGUACCUGGGUGUAUCCGGUGACUGUUUAUCCUCCGUUUUUUGGGUAUUACUUCUUCAACGGGCUGCUGUUUGUGCUGCAGUGUCUGCACAUCUUCUGGGCCGUACUCAUCCUGCGUAUGGCUAUCAAAUUUUUGCCAGGCAAUAAUAUAGUGGAGGACGAGAGGAGCGACCGAGAAGAAACAGACUCUGAGGAUGAUGAUGAUGAUGAUGAUGAGGAAGACGAGAAGGACAGGAGAGUGAAAAAUGGACCAGUCCUGAACGGCCACUCGCCACUAAACAACAACCAUCACCGUAAGACUGAGUGACGAGAGAAGAGGUACAACACUAGCCUUACAGACCAACAGACUCAUGCUGACGGAUCCAAAACACACAAACACACACCAUACUAAUGAUGUGGAAUGGACAAGCUUCCAGAAAGAGGAAUGGUGUAACCCUUUCCCCACAUUUAAAACACUAUUAACAGGCCCCAUGUUUAAAGAACGUUGUUUUGUUGACGGUUGUAAUGCUUUAUUGGUAAUAUUUCCUCCAGUUUAUUACCUGUUUAUUAAAUUUCAGUUCCUUUAUGUUGUUUUUGGCAUCACACACAUAUACACCCUCACACUAGUAAUAAUAUUUAAUUCUUUCUGGUCAGAUUUCUCAGAAUCCCUCAGUAUUUGAGUUCUGACGUUGGCGGAGAUUGACUGGAAUUACUUUUGUGUCCACUUUACAAUAUAAGAGAUUCACUAAGUGACCUUCACAUGUCUGCUUUUUUCAAAAACUCAAUGCGGUUGCACUAAUUGACAUUUUUGACCCAGUUUUCCACACUACCUUUUAUAGAAACACUCAUGAAGACGGUUUAAUUUGGUAGAACCCCGUCCCGGACUCUCUGAAUCGGUGUGCUGCUUUUUUUGAAUCGAACGUUUGUCCAGUUGUUGUCAUGUUUAAUAUGAACUAAGCGACGUCUAUUAUCUGAUAUUUGUUUGUGUUUUGGUCAGUGCGUCUCCUCCUGUAACACGUUUCUGUGUAGACAAGUUAUUUUAAAGAUUUUUUUAUUAUUAUUCUAACUGAUUUUCCUUUUCAGUCGUUUUUCUUUUUAUUUAAGGUCCAGAUAUUUUCAGCAAGUCUGAUAAGCUGAUCGUUUCUGCAGAAAAUUGCUUUGUUUAAAAAAAAAAAGACAAUUGAAAUACUCGGCCAGAAAAAAAGAAACUCUUGACUCUUCCAUUUCUAUAGAUGAUAUUGAUGAUUAUCAGUAUUGGGUGCUAGUGUAGUGCACUUAGUAACGUAUCAUUUCAGAUGCAUUAUAAUAUUUGUGACAUCAGUUGAAAGUCUGGCUUGAAUCUGUUGUGUUUAUGGGAAGUUGAUUCCAUGGUUUCCAUAAAUCGUGUUCAGUUAUUGAAUGAAUGCAUUAUUUUCUCCAGUAUGUACUGUUUGCCCAGUGUCUGCUGCUUUACAUGAGGUCAUGCCGAACUUUAAAGAAUUAGUGUACCCAAAAAUGCAAAUUCACAUUUGAAGCAUUGACUUUUUAAAUGGAAGCUUGUUUCUGCUUAAAAAAUGAAAAAUAAAACAAAGGUUGUAACUUUUUCUCAUAA